AUGUCCGACCAGAACCCCUCAGAUCUCCAAGAGGAGCCCAGCGACAGAAACGGCACCAGCAGCGGAGAUAGCAGUACAAACACCGCUCAAACUGACGAUCCAUUCGGGGCUGGCCAAGGCUUAGAUAACCUAAACAGGUCUGUUAACUCCGAGGAACUUCUCCAUAAUCAGAGGCACACUCUCGCUCGCCCGCCAAAAGAAUAUCAACGAGCGGCACUGGUUGCUGCCAGCUUCUCGAAUCCACCGCACAUGCUACAAGGUCCAGCCAGAAGACUGAAGAUCGUCCAAGAGAUCGCGCGUAUUUCUGAAGGGACUGGGUGUAAUGCGAGGGCUGAGAAGGAGUUUAGACGGAGUAAGGCUGCGAGGGGAGGUUGA